GUGAUGUGCUGUAAAUCAGUAGGAACUGACCCGUCCAUGCUGGAUAUUGAUGAUUUCGUCACAGAAAUCUCUCAGCUGAAGAAAGAGGUUGCGUUACUGGAGACAAAGAGGACUGAAGAGAGAGUGUUGAUGAUGAGAUGGAUGUGAUGUGCUGUAAAUCAGUAGGAACUGAUCUGUCCAUGCUGGAUAUUGAUGAUUUUAUCACAGAAAUCUCUCGGCUGAAGAAAGAGGUGGCGUUACUGGAGAUAAAGCUGAAGUUAAGAGGAGAUGAAGGACUGAAUAGAGAGGAUGAGGGUGUGGUUUGUUGUGAAUCUUCAGAGUAUGUGACUGUUUGGAGCUCCAGUGAAUGUCUGGAUUCAGUGUGGAUGAGCAGAGAUCAGAGCCGCACACCACAGUCACUGCUGGAUAAACUCUCUGAAGAGACAUCCAGACACACUCAGGACUCAGUUCUCAGUCUGUCUUUUCUCUCUUAUACUGAGUCAAAGCCCAGAGACGCUCAGGACACUACAGUGUGUGACAGUAAACAGAGCUUACAGGAGGAUCAAACCUCCACAGAGUCUCUGGAUUCUGUCUGUAACGCUGGAGAACAGCAGCAGAUCCUGCAGACCAAACUCAAGAUGUCUUCAGUUAAACCGAUGGACAGUGGGAACCUAAUGAUGAAGAUGAGAAGAGAAACUACAGCAGAGGAAGAUCACACUGAGGAAGAUGAUGACAAUCAUGAUGACUUUAUUCCUUCAGAAGAUCAGAACUGCAACUACAAUCAUCAGACAUCCAACAACAGCACAACAGAUCAGAAGUUUAUUCAUGAAGGUGAUAUCUGUAAUGAAUAAUAAGAUACAUUACUGUAACUAAUUCUGAUCUAAGAUCAGCUCAGUAAAUGAACACUAAUAAUCACAGCUGUUGUACCUGGACACGUCUGACAGAGUUGAGUGAUGUUGAGAUGUUGAGUUUGGUUUGUGAUGUUAUUGUUGAGUACACAGCUGUAUGUGUUUGUAUCCUGAUAUUCAACCU